AUGAAGGUCGCCUGGGAACGGCUUAUCCGGUUCGUCGCCACCGACGGCCGCACGCUCUACGGUGAGCCCAUCAUGCCCAAGGCCGACUUUGACCUGGGCGACACGACCGCCGAGACCGGCCUCACGGCCAAGGUCCUGGAGGGCAGCGACAUCUACGACACCACCGGCAAGACGCGUGUGACUGACGAGGUCGUCACCGUGAAGAAGCUGUUGGGGCCGCUGACUCCGGCCGACGUGCCUACGUUGCUUCGCGAGGCCGGCCGCAAGCAGCCUCCCUUCCCGUCCAUCUUCUUCAAGCCACCUCCGACGGUCGCCGACCACGGCGCCGAUGUGGUCGUUCCGCGCAUCGCCCAAGAUGACCAGGCCGACUACGAGGGCGAGCUGGUCGUCGUGCUGGGCCGUGACGCCAAGGACGUCGCCGAAGCGGAUGCCCUUGACUACAUCGCUGCCUACACGGCCGGCAACGACAUCUCGUCGCGCAAGUGGCAGCGGGAUCCCGCUCGUGCUGGCGGUGUUCCCCAAUGGGGUUUCUCCAAGGGCUUCGACACGUAUGCGCCUCUGGGGCCAGUACUCGUGGCCAGCGGCCUCGUCGGCGACCCGUCCACGCUCCAGCUCAAGACCAUCGUUGACGGCGAGCUCCGCCAGAGCGCUGGCCUCGAUGACCUCGUCUUCUCUGUUCCCCGCCUGAUCGCUCACCUCUCGUCGGGCACCACCCUCCAGAAAGGCAGCAUCAUCAUGACCGGCACCCCCGGCGGCGUCGGCGCCGGUCUCACCCCGCCACGCUACCUCGUGCCCGGCACCAAGAUGGCUAUCAACAUUUCCAAGAUCGGUACCCUCCGGAACGGCGUCGUCUUUGCGUGA